ACUUCCAUUAUUACUGAAAAGCACUUGCUCUAUUAUUUUCAAAAGCUUAACCAAAUUUAAGAACAAACACUUUUUAACAUCGCAGAAAUUUGGCCAAACAGGCCAUAACUUUGUCAAACAUCAAUUACGCUAAAAACACCCUUUUUGUUUGGAAUUUGGAAGAGCGAACGGUGUAGGAGUAAACGACAUGAAGGCAGGGGAGGAAUCAACGAAGACUAACAAGAAUGGGGAAAGCGAAGUGAAGAAGGUGACAAAACCCCCUUUUAGGCCAGCCAAAGAUGACACAAAGCCACUUCUUCAAGACCCUAUACUCAGAUCAGACCCUAUUGAGACUGAGGAAACUCUCCUGCUUUUGCCCCCUUUUCCUCUUAUUUCUAAACCCAAUUCUCAUUCCCACUGAAAAUGUAUCUUUUUAUUAGUUUUCUACCCUUGUAUUUACUAUGUUCUUGAACUGGUUUGUUAAUUAGGGAAAGAAAUGUGAAAAAUCUGAGUGUC